AUGGCUGAUCAAACAUCAUUAACUGGUUAUCCAACACUUCUAGCACAUCAUUUAUCUAUUGAACUUCUUUAUCCAACACAUGUAUUUUAUUCAUUAUUAUCUCAAUCAACUUUACAUACAUUAAAUUUAUUUUUUAAACCAUUAUUUCUUCCUAGCGAUUAUCAUUUAGUUAAUUUACGUACAUUAAAUGAUAAUAAUAAUGAUACGAAAUAUAGUUCAUCAAAAAAUCUUGCUUUAAUUCUACGAAGAUUUGCUUAUGAUUGUGAUGAAAGUUAUGAUUCAUUAUUUUAUUCGGAACAAGUUAGAUUUGAACAUUUAUUUUCAUCAGAUCAAAUCGAAUCAAUAGAACAAACAUCUCUCUCAUUACGACAUAUAAAACAAAAAUUAAAUAUUACAUCUCAACUUGUUGUUCCUUUUGCUGAACUUGUUACUUAUAAAAUACGUUUUAUGUGA